GCGCCGGCUGAGCACGACGCGGGCUGCGCUGGGAUGCUGCGAGGCAGCGAGGGAAGCCUGAAUCACCGGCACCUCAAGGAUUUUUAGAUGUGCCCUGAUGCCGCAGGGUCUCCCGGCUCCUGGAAAUGCAGCUCUCUUCCAGCGUGGCUGAACUCAGCUGCGACGAGACCAUGGACCCACCCGCCGAGGACUUCCAGCAGGUCCUGUCCAUCGACCAAAUCCGCUCCAUCCGCGCCAGCAACAACUACGUGGAGAGGCCGGCGGCGUGCUUCCAGCAAACCCGCUCCAACCCCUCGCUCUCGCAGGCCCCGCACAAGCAGGAGUGGCCCCAGGAGCGCCUGGCGUCCUCCACCUUGCAGGACCUGCACCGCAGCCACAGCCAGCAGCACCAGAUGCCCCUGCAGCCCCACCUGAGCCACUCGAGCACGGCCAGCUCGGUGUCGCAAAGCACCGCGGCCUCCGAGCAGCGCCUGCUGAGCAGCCUGACUCCGUCGCACUCCGGGCACUCUCUGGUGCGGACGCAGCCCCUCGGAGGGGAGCUGAAGGCGGAGGAUUCUCCGCGGAAGGGCUCGGAGCAGCCGGCGGGGCACGGGCACCUGCUGCUGUGCGAGGCUUGCGGGCGCUGCCGCUGCCCGCGCUGCACGGCCGCCCGCAGCCUGCCCUCCUGCUGGCUCUGCAACCAGCGCUGCCUCUGCUCCGCAGAGAGCCUCCUCGACUACGGGACCUGCCUCUGCUGCGUCAAGGGGCUCUUCUACCACUGCUCCACCGACGACGAGGACACCUGCGCCGACGACCCCUGCUCCUGCGGGCCGGGCUCCUGCUGCGCCCGCUGGGCUGCCAUGAGCGUCCUGUCCCUCCUCCUGCCCUGCCUCUGCUGCUACUUUCCCACCCUGGGCUGCCUCAAACUUUGCCAGCGGGGUUACGACGGCCUGAAACGCCCCGGCUGCCGCUGCCAGAGCCACACCAACACGGUCUGCAGAAAGAUCUCCUCCGCCAGCGGCACGCCCUUCCCCAAAACGCUGGACAAGCCGGUAUGACCCUCCCGAGGAGGAGAAGCGAGCUUUGCUCCUCUUCCUCCCCCUCCUCUUCUCUGCUCCAUCCCCCCUCUGCUCCGCAGUGCUCCCCCCUCCCCACCAUCACCUUUUGAUUGAGACAGGUGACCUGGGGGUCCCCCCGGGCUUUGGGACACCCGGGCUGGGCGGCCGGGGGAGCCGAC